AUGCGAGCAAACAGCACCGAUAUUUUCGACUUCUCCAACGUCGAACACUCUGGAAUGCAUGCAUUCUGUCAAGGGACUCAGCUUAGUCAUCAGAUGCCAGACGAAACGACCGACUACUCUUCAGAAGAAUUCCAGAGCGAUAAAAGCAACCCAACAUCGACAGCAUCACUCUCCAGAAUAACCGACAAACUGUCUACGAUUAGCACCUCAUCUGAGUCAUUUUCUCCCUAUCCGAGAGAAAACUCUGGUUUCUGCACGACGAUCAUUCCGCCAACACCCCGAGCUCCUCCUACAUCCAGAUUGCACACUUCUGAUGAAGGCGACUCGGCUUUGGACAGCUUUCGAAAAUCAACCAUGCAUUUCCUCAACGAUGGCGUCCUCCACUCUAACGAAGAUCUUCUGAUCAAGAUGGAGACAUCAUCGCAGACUCAGAGCGAAACAACAUCGGAUUCACAAGAAUUGCGGAACAGCAUCGCUGAAGAAGAAUCAGUCCAGAUUACGGAUGAUGUGACGCUGGUUACGACCAAAUACAUUGAUGCAACUCGUCCAGCAUGCAACGAAGAUAUCCAACCUCCGUCCAAGAAGUCACAUCAUCGCCUAACUCUCAUGUUCCUGUCCAUCAUCUUCGUCGGGAUUCUUCUUGCGGUAAUUGUACUCCUCGCCUUUCAACUCAAGCUCCUCCAGAAUGAAGUGGACCGAUUCUCUUCGCUUGCCAGGCACAAACAACAGCAAGUCGACUCCCGUCAGCGCGACAUUGUCUUCUUUCGUGGCCAGAAUCGUAAGCUCCGCGAACAGGAAGGAGAACUCCAAUCAAAACUCACUACCUGCCAGAACGAAAUCUUCCUCCACGACAAAGAAUUUCAUCCUGUCCCCUAA